CUCAGUUGCAACGCGCAACGCGACACACGCGCUGGUGCCAUGAAGCUGGUAAUACAACGCGUGACCAGCGCCAGUGUGAAGGUGGACGGGAACGUUUGCUCGGAAAUUGGUCGUGGUUUACUGGUACUCAUGGGCAUUGAGCAGGGAGAUGCUAUGGAUCAGGUGAAUUAUCUGGCUCCCAAGCUGCUAAAACUGCGUUUGUGGCCAGAUCUGAAGGAGCCGGGGAAGCAAUGGGCCUCCUCGGUGGUGGACAAUGGAUUCGAACUGCUGGUUGUGAGUCAAUUUACCCUUUUUGCCACCUUCAAGAAGCCAAAGCCGGACUUCCAUCAAGCCAUGGGAGGAGACCAGGCCCAACAGCUCUAUGAGGCUUUCAUCAAGAAACUGGCUGCGAGCGAUGGGCCCAAAGCAGUGGCCACAGGUGUUUUUGGAGCCCUGAUGCAGGUGGAGCUGUGCAAUGAUGGACCUGUGACUGUUGAGCUGGUCUCAAACCCCGAGACCUCGAAGUCCCCCGAGACCUCAACGCCCUCGGCAACGCCCAAAAGCACAGCCACCCCGAAGGGGACGACAGAGACAGUCAAGCCAGCCAAGACAGCCAAGACAUCUGCGGAGUCAGCGGAGUCCUUGGAGACGAUUUUGGCGCAGCAACCAUAUUUGGGUGGGUUCACACCUUCUGCCAAAGAUGCGAAGCACUUUGAGGCUAUGCAGAAGUCAAAUCUUUCUGGCCCUUUACAGAGUGGAAGCGCGCCUGCGCCUCACACUGCUCGAUGGUUUGAGCACAUUCGGUCCUUCAGCCAAAUGGAACGAUCUCAAUGGGUUGAUUUCAGUGAAUGAAAAUCGCUUCAACGAUGGAAAAAGAUGGAAACAGUCAAUGGCGGAGUAGCGAUAGGCUGUAGGCUGGAUGAUUUUUGGAGACAAGUCAUAGUGGUGGAGCCUGGAAGAAUGGAAUUAGAGUGAAG